AGCUGUUUUAUUCGAAUCCUCGUUUGCCUUCAGCUCCAGAGUUCUCGGUGAGGGAAGAAACGAAGACUAUGGCCAUGGAUUCACCAUUCAAGCCAGAUGUAUUGAAGGGCAAGGUUGCUCUUAUCACAGGAGGAGGCUCAGGAAUUGGAUUCGAAAUAUCCACGCAAUUCGGCAAACAUGGUGCUUCCGUUGCCAUCAUGGGUCGACGCAAGCAAGUUCUCGACUCUGCUGUCUCUGCUCUCCAAUCCCUCGGAAUACCGGCUAUUGGAUUUGAGGGGGAUGUUCGCAAGCAAGAAGAUGCAGCAAGAGUAGUGGAAUCGGCCUAUGAGCAUUUUGGAAGGAUUGACAUUCUUGUGAAUGCUGCAGCAGGAAACUUUCUGGUGUCAGCAGAGGAUCUAUCUCCUAAUGGAUUUCGAACAGUUAUGGAUAUUGAUUCUGUUGGAACAUUUACAAUGUGCCAUGAGGCACUAAAGUAUCUCAAGAAAGGAGGACUAGGAAGGAGCUCUUCUGGUGGGGGGUCAAUACUAAACAUUAGUGCUACCCUACAUUAUACGGCUUCUUGGUAUCAAAUUCAUGUGUCUGCAGCUAAGGCGGCUGUUGAUGCCACUACGAGAAACUUGGCACUAGAGUGGGGAACUGAUUAUGAUAUUAGAGUUAAUGGGAUUGCACCUGGUCCAAUUGGUGAUACUCCUGGCAUGAGUAAACUGGUUCCUCAAGAAAUAAAUAGCAAAGCCAGAGAAUACAUGCCUUUGUAUAGACUUGGGGAGAAAUGGGAUAUUGCCAUGGCUGCUCUCUACCUUGUAUCAGAUGCAGGAAAAUUCGUCAAUGGCAACAUUGUGAUAGUAGAUGGAGGACUGUGGCUGAGCCGGCCUCGUCAUUUGCCGAAAGAUGCAGUGAAGCAGGUUUCACGAGUAGUUGAAAAAAGGUCCAGAGAUGCACCAGUUGGUGUUCCAAGGAGCAAGAUGUGAGGCUUUAUUGGAAGAAUGUCAGCCUCUAGCUAGUCACUUUCCCACAGAUUUUUAUGGAGAACAGACAUAUCAUCUGCUCUUCGGUGCUUCCAUCUUCUAUGUCGAAGUUAGUAGAAAAAUACAAUUAAAAAAAAAUCCUUAAAUGGAUUUAAUUUACAGUAAUUGAUAAAUUAAUAAACUAAAUCAA